AUGAAUUCCAAGAGUCUUCCGAACCAAUUCCACAAAGGUAACAUGCCAUCGACCGUCAAUGGCUUCCUUAGGCCCCCCAAUCUCUCCAUUGCCAACGAGAAUCGUCAAAUACUGCCCGGGCCUCAACUGUUGCACGAGCUGAUAGCACCCUCCUCCGAGAACGUCAUCUUGGACUUCCUGCUGGCGGAUAAUGGACGCGUUAUCCUCACCUACGACGAAUUCCAUCACCUGACGAACCUCCUGGCCCGGGACAUUCAGGAGUAUACCUCACAGAGAGCCGACAAAAGAUGCAUCGUUCCUGUCAUCAUUCCUCAGUCUCCAGAAUUGUACGUGGCAUUGGUGGCAAUAUUGAAGUCUGGUUCUGCAUUCUGCCCUGUCAGUCAAGAUGUGCCUACGGAAAGGCUGAAAUUUAUCCUUCAAGAUACACAGUCAACCUUCGUACUGGCAACCGCCACCACAAUGGCUACCUUCAAGGAUGCCCUGUCAAAUAUCCAGUGCAAGACUGUAUCUCUGGAAGCUCUCCAAGGAUCGUCCCGUUCGGCACCAGUGGAUGACACCUGUCCUCGACACGGUCAGUGCGUCAGUGCCUCCGAUCCCGCGUAUGUCAUGUACACUUCAGGCUCUACAGGACUGCCAAAGGGUGUCGUCUUAUCGCAUUCGUCGGUGUCACAGUCAUUACUUGCGCACGACGAGCAUAUCCCUCCGUUCAAACGUUUUUUACAAUUUGCUUCACCAACGUUCGACGUCUCCAUGUUUGAGAUAUUCUUUCCAUUUUUUCGGGGAGCGACCUUAGCCGGCUGCGAACGUGAGCGCAUGCUUACUGAUCUCCCUGCCACUAUUCGAAUUCUAGACGCAGAUGCUGCGGAGCUAACCCCGACGGUGGCGGGGACGCUGUUGAGGACCAGGGAGGCAGCGCCCUGCUUAAAGACCCUGCUGACAAUUGGAGAAAUGCUCACAGCCUCAGUCGUUUCCGAAUUUGGAGGAAGCGCAGAUAGGCCGAGCAUGCUGUAUGCUAUGUAUGGACCCACAGAGGCGGCAAUCCAUUGUACUGUGGCACCCCGGCUAGCUGCCGAUGCCUCUGUCCGCAGUAUAGGGAGACCACUAGCAACAGUGACUGCUUUUGUCCUUAAAGAAGCUGAACCACUUGAGAUAGCACCAGCCGGCGAACCUGGGGAGCUCGCAAUUGCGGGCCAGCUUGCUGUUGGAUACUUGAAUCGGCCAGAACAGAACGAAGCAGCAUUCGUUGAGCUUGCAAACUAUGGCUCAAUCUAUAAAACUGGCGACCGAGCAGUUUGUCGUCCAGAUGGCCAACUAGAAAUCCUGGGACGUAUGACAUCCGGCCAAGUCAAGCUCAGAGGCCAAAGGGUAGAACUGGGAGAAAUCGAAGAAGUCGCUUCGAAGACUGAUGGCGUUCACCUCGCCAUCGCAAGCAUUAUUGACGAUGUUCUGGUCUUGUUCUGCGCUGCAAAACAUGGCAUGAUGGUUUCUGAUGUUUCCGCUCAAUGCAAAGCAUGGUUACCACCAUACAUGCGUCCGGGCGAGAUUGUGCUCUUGUACAAUGACAUUCCUCGACUGCCUUCCGGCAAGAUCGACCGCAAAGCACUUGAACGCAACUAUCGAGAACACCAGGUACCCAUCAACCACGAGAUCUCUUUUGAAAACCCGCUAGAGAAGGAUAUAGCCCGAGCAUUGGACGUUGAGCUGGCGUGCCGGAUUGACAGAUUGGCCUCUUUCUGGUCGCUGGGCGUAGACUCCCUCCGAGCCAUUAAGAUCGCGUCUCGACUACGCCAACAGUACAACUGUGUUAACGCGGCGAUGAUCUCCGAAGCAGACAAUAUAGCCACGCUUUCAAAUUUGAUUGCCAAGUCGAAAGAUGUCGAAGGAGGAAGAACUGAACCUGAGUACGAGACCUCGGACGCAUGGCAAGAGAUCACGGCAAAACUGCAGCAAGAUCUUGGUACCUCAAGCAUCAAAGCACCCUACGAAAAGAUCUCACCUUGCAGUAGCAUGCAGGUUGCCAUGCUGAUCGAAACAGUCACGAAGGCGGCUCAGAAUUUCAACCAAAUAUGGCUCAGGCUCGGGCCAGGUUUGACACUGAGAGACUUACGUCGAGCAUUUGUUCAGCUUUCCAGGAAGAAUGAGAUACUGCGAUCCGGAUUCGUCGCUACUGGGGUGCAGGAGAUGCCUUUUGCGCAAAUCGUAUGGCGGGACCUGCCAUUCGACCGCGAAUUAAGUCUUCUAUAUCCCAUGCAGCUGGCAAACUCGAAAACAGAGGACGAGCGAGAUGUCCUUGUUUGGAUCCACCAUGCUUUAUAUGAUGGUUGGUCCUGGGACUUGAUCUUAGACGACCUGAAUUCUAUCUUGUCCAGAGAGGAUGCUCUUCCUAGGACACAGUUCUCCGAAUUUCGGUCACACGAGUAUAGUCGUCUGAUAACCGAGAAAACGGGAGAUCUCGACUAUUGGCGACACCAAAUGCAAGACUUCAAGCCCUCUCCUUUUCCGAUGAUAACACCUGUCCCAUCUGAAAAGCCAUCCAAAUAUACAACCGAGUUGCUACUUUCUAUAACACAUGAACAGCUCUCUCACUAUGCGUCAGUCUCGCACUGUAGCCGGGAGACGGUCUUGGAGGCAGCUUGGUCACUUUUGCUCUCAUCAUACGUCGACAAUGCAGACGUCGCUGUUGGAGUGGUUGUGGCUGGUCGCCAUUUCUCACUUGCAGGAAUCGAGUCGAUCAUUGGGCCUUGUCUAUCAUUAUUUCCUCUUCGCGUCGAUACCAGUGCUUUACGAACAAUAAGUGAUGUCCUCAAUCACAUCCAACGACAACGCAGCCAGUUUCUUCGACAUGGUAGCGUUGCCCUACGAGACAUCAAUAGUGCAGCAGGUGUCCGCCCCGGAGACAGGCUGUUCGAUACGCUGUGCGUUUGGCAACAAGACAGCGAAGGAAAUUGCAGGGAUCGUUCCAAUGUUGCAACCGUCAAGACGCAUGAUGCCUUGGAAUAUGCGAUAGUCCUAGAAUUUGAGCCCCAUCAGAAUCACAUCCAUUUAAAGUUGACUGUGGAUACAGCACUUGUUCCAGAAGACCAUGCGAAGCUUUUGACUCGCCAGCUUGACAAUGCCGCCUCUCGGAUCAUGAGCAACCUUGAUCUCAGUUUGAGCUGCUUUUGGGGAAAUUUUGACAAGAAUACAUUGUCCUUAACCAACACCGACUUCCGGAAAUUCAGCGGAGACUUCGAUCUGAUAACAACUAUCUCAAAACUUGCAGAGUCGUGCCCAGAGAGAGCAGCCGUUGAAUUCGUGCAUAGCAUCAAUGAGAAAACCAAUCAGGUGGAGAAGGAAAUCCUCACUUAUGGCGACCUCUACAAACGCGCCCAGAUCGUUGGCUGGGUCUUGAGGACUGAGUACAAUGUGCAAGUUGACGAUCUUGUCUGCCUAAUAGGCCCUCGCUCGACUCAUCUCUAUAUUGGCAUCCUUGGGGCCAUUAUGGCUGGGGCCGCAUACAUGUGCGUCGAUCCUCGAACGCCAGCAGCUCGAGUCCGCCGAAUUUUGGACGAAGCUCGAUGCAAGCUUAUCCUGUCCACAGGAGAUGCGCCUGAACCAAAGGAGAUUGAUGCAAGAUCAUAUCUCCCCAUGGAUACUUUGUUGCAACGCCAUUCCAUGACAACUAUCAACAGCACUCCGUUCCCGAAGAGUGAUCAAUUGGCCUAUGCCGUGUUCACCUCUGGCAGUACUGGUGUUCCCAAAGGCGUCCUUCUUAGCCGUCGCAACCUGCUCAGCAAUCUGGAGGAGCUGUCGCGAAUAUACCCCUGCGGACCUGAGAAAGAUCGACUUCUGCAGGCUUGCUCCCCAGCGUUCGACGUCUCAGUCUUCGAGAUCUUCUGGGCUUGGCACAAGGGAAUGUCCUUGUGCACAGCGUCAAAUGACGUCCUGUUCAGAAACCUUGAAGACUUCAUCAAACGGCUGAAUAUAACUCAUUUGAGUAUGACCCCUUCGGUGGCCGCUCUUGUUCGACCCGACAACGUCCCACACGUGAAAAUGUUGGUCACAGCUGGAGAGCCUAUGAACUCGAAGGUGUUCUCAAAUUGGGCCGACCGCGGACUGUACCAAGGUUAUGGCCCUAGUGAGACGACAAACAUAUGUAACGUUCGACCGAAGGUCUCGAAAUCUGAUAUGCCGAACAAUGUUGGUCUUCCGCUCCCGAACACAUCCAUCUUUGUUUGUCAAAGGCAAGCCCCGAAGCUACACGCUGCCACUGAUUCGCUCCAUGAUCAAGCCUUCCCACAGUUUCAGCCAGUAAUAAAAGGCGGGGCAGGCGAGAUCUGGAUCGGUGGAGAACAGGUAGGACGCGGAUAUCUUGAUCAGAUGCUGACCUCGAAGAGCUUCUUCGAUCACCCCGAAUAUGGUCGGCUUUACCGCUCAGGCGACAUCGGAAGGCUUCUUUGUGAUGACUCUUUAGUCAUACUGGGCCGAGAGGACGAUCAAGUCAAGCUCCGGGGUCAGAGAAUUGAACUAGGAGAGGUGAAUGCUGCACUGAUCAAGUGCAAUGAAGUUGAAGAUGCGGUAGCUAUGGUCAUUGACAAAGGAGGCGAUACUGCCAGCCUUGUUGCUUUCUGGACUCGAAGUCAGUCCCCCAUCCAAAUGGGCCCCGACGGCAUGAACACCAGUAUCUUCGAAACUUUGGCAAAUAACCUGCCAGAUUAUAUGAUACCUGACAACCUGAUCUGCAUUGACAAGAUACCUCUGACGCGUCAGGGAAAGAUCAAUCGCUCAGAUUUGAUCUCCUACUAUCGAAAUCUCGACGCAGAAGAGCUUCAGGCCACUUCCAGGGGCAGUAAGCCUUCUGAUGAUGUUGACUGCCUCUCCGAUUCCGAGUGCAUUAUCGCUCGUGUUGUUACUGAUGCCCUUGGCGUCGGUUCUGCGAAGAUUGACCGUACUACCUCUUUCUAUGCUCUGGGCCUGGAUUCGAUUAGUGCAAUUCACGUCUCACGGGCGCUCCGAGAACAUUAUCCUGUUGUGGAGAUAUCCUCGUUGAUGCAAAACCCGUCUGUUGGACAGCUCAUGAAGUACAUUGAGAGCCAUGUUCCGGAACGUAACAAAUUCGACGAAAAGAAAGAUCUGGGUCUUCCUUUCAAAAGAUGGGAAGACCAAAUCCGCGGCCUGUAUUCUCGGGUAGGGCUGGAAGUAGAGAGAAUCCUUCCGUGUACGCCUUUGCAAGAAUCCAUGGUGACCAGUUCGACGAAUGUUUCCUCCGAAGUCUAUCGAAAUACUUUGCGAUUCAACGUCUGUGGCAACACCUCGAGGCUACGACAGGCGUGGGAAUACGCAUUGGCGAGACAUCAGAUCCUUCGCACUGGCUUCACUGCAAUCGAUAGCGCUGAAUCUCCUUUUGCGCAAGUAGUGUUGAAGAAUUUCCAGCUUCCUUGGCUGGAAGAAGGCACGCAAGGCGUGAGUUAUGCCUUGGAUAAUCUCAUGGUCCCGCCAUGGAGCCUCGAAAUCAGAAAGAGUACAGAGCUGAUCCUGAGAAUGCAUCACGGUCUUUACGAUGCAGAGGCAAUGGCCGUCCUACUAAGCGAGAUUCAAUCCCUUUACCACGGACAUCAACUACCUCCAACAAUCCCCUUCGAUGACUAUCUGUCAUUCAUGAAAGCCUCUAACACUGAUGGAACAUACAAUUUCUGGCGCACAAAGCUGCAGGGUGCUUCUUUGCAAAAGCUAAGUGAAGUCAUAUUGUCUGAGGACAAGGCUCCCCCAGGCACUCAUUUGUUGGUCAAACGCAAGGCCACAAUCGAUGUUUCCGAACUUCAACGAUGUGCGCGAAAGAUGCUUUCAACUCCCUCGGCUCUGAUUCAAGCUUCAUGGUGUCGGUUUCUCUCCUGUGUGUUCGAGAGUCAAGAUGUCUGCUUUGGCAACGUCCUGAGCGGUCGCAACCUUCCUAUCGAUGGUGUGGAGAGCAUGGUCGCUCCAUGCUUCAAUACGGUUCCAUCGAGAGUACAGCUGCAGUCUGGCAGCACCAACAAGGAACUGUGUCAUUGCCUUCAACAGAUGAAUGUGGAGACUUUACUGCAUCAGCCGAGCUCCCUUCGUGAAGUCCAACGGGUCCUUGACACCCAAGGCAGAGCAUUGUUUGAUACCUUGAUUUUGCUCCAACAAGACGAAUUGCGGCUCGACGACAAAAUCUGGACUCUGGUUGAGGCAUCAGGGGACAUGUCUUUUCCUUUCAUCCUUGAGAUUACGAUGGACAGGAAGGCUGAUGUAGUCACCCUCAAUCUGCACUCUGAGGUUGCCAAACGGAAGACAUUGAGUAAAUUCCUGGACGCCUACGAUGCAUUUCUUGUGCAUACCGCCAAAUACCCGCAGUCAAGGGCUUCAGAUUAUUCCUUCAUUGCUGGGAUGUUGCCGAGACUGCAGCCUUCUGUACCGUUGAUUGUACUUGAAAGCUCAGCUUCCGCUGUCCCAACCAAAGGACAGGUUUCAAUGAACGAGGGUCUGUCUCAAACGGAGACAUUGGUCAGGGAUAUCCUCGUGCAAUUGAAACCCGGUGCUCUUCCAAAAAUCUCUAGGGACACUACGGUCUUCAGUCUGGGGUUCGACAGCAUCAAUGCUGUCCAAAUUGCAGGAAGGCUGCGGAAAAAGGGGUUCGAUGUAUCCACUGGGGCCAUUUUGGAAGCUGCAACUGUCAGAGAUAUUGCCAAUUUUUGCGAUUCCGUGCUCCGACAAAACAAAGGGCAUUCGCUCUUCGACCUUGACUCCUAUGAACGGAGUCGCCGCCGAUCUAUCUGUCAAGCUAACUAUCUCGACGAAAGCAAAGUCGAUUCCGUGUGGCCCUGCACACCCACGCAAGCAGGUAUUCUUUCGCAGUUUCUUCGAUCGCACUACAAGCUCUAUCUUAAUCAUAUGCAUUUCAACUUGGACAAAGACGUGGACUUAUCAAGGUUGAGACAGGCUUGGUCUGUUGCUUUGCGAACGCACGCAAUGCUAAGGACUGGCUUUGCCGAGACAGAUGACCCCAAGACUCCAUUUGUCAUGAUAACCUAUCGCCCAAAUGUAAUACAGCUACCCUGGAUUGACGAUUCAAUCCCAACUCGGCCAGACAGAGGCGAGAAGAAAUUUCCGAACUUUCACAAUCUCACACGGCCGCCGUGGCUCAUUCGGGUUUCCAAAACAGGCUCUUCGCCGAGUCUUGAACUAUCCAUGCUGCACGCCCUCUAUGACGCGCGUUCUCUAGACCUCAUACUGGGCGACGUUGCUUGUACGUACGCAGGCUUGCAAUCGCCCGUGGCUGUUCCUCUUGGCCCGGUCGUUUCGAAGAUCGUAAGCGCGAGCGGAGACGACGAAAGUUCCAAGACAUUCUGGAUGGAGGUGUCGACUGAUAUGUGCCCAACCCGCUUCCCGGACUUGGACGUGUACACUCAAAAGGCCGACAACUAUUGUGUCGUGACACGGCAGUGCAGCAUGUCUUUGAAAGCACUCGAGAAUGAAUGCGCAAAUGAAGGUGCAACGAUGCAAGCCCUGGUUGCUGCCGCUUGGUCUUUGUUACUUUCGGCGUAUACUGCCCAGGACUGUGUCACAUUUGGUGUCAUCCUUUCUGGUCGGGACUUUGACGAAGAAGAAAACAUGGUUGUCUUCCCUUGCAUCAACACUGUGCCGUUUGCGAUGAGACUAUCCCAUGACAGGGCCGACCUUUUGCAAUCAGCUGUCAGGCGGUGCGCUGGUAUGUUGAAACAUCAACAUAGCUCUCUGAGCUCGAUCAAGCGUUGGGUACAGGCUGAAGGCGAUCUGUUCGACACUGCGAUCGUUCUACAGAAAUAUGACACUAAAAAGGGUGCAAAUAGGCCUUGGACACUCGUAAAAGAUGAUGCAACCGCUGAGUACACAAUCUCUUUGGAGGUCGUUCCUCGAGAGAACGAUGCGCUGGAUAUCCAAGUAACUUUUCGCGAAAAGGUUAUUCCACCAGGCCAAGCUGUGUACAUCCUUGAGGAAUUCGAAGAACUCAUGAAGAGCCUGCUCACGCAAGCAACACGUACUCCGAGGCUUCCAGAAUCUCUUCUGUCAGUGGUGCCUGCCAAAGAAGAACGGAUUCCAAGUACGGUACGCUACCUGCACGAAUUUGUGGAGCUGAUGGCAAAGCAGAAACCAAACAGUAUUGCCCUAGAGUUUGUGCAAGGCUUGCACGGAAUCACUCCAUCAAAACAAAUUUGGACGUACGCCCAGUUGGAUUCAAAUGGCAACAGAAUCGCUCGACUGAUCCAGAGCAAAAGAGUGCAAGUCGGAGACCUCGUGGCUGUUUGCUUCGAAAAAUGCCCGGAAGCUUCUUUUGCGAUAUUGGGGGUACUCAAAUCAGGGUGUGGUUACAUUGCCAUUGACCCAGAUGACAAGACAUCGGAGUUUAAUACUAUUCCUGAUCUAUCGACUUUCGCCAUUGACAACACCAAUUGGCAGGGAUUUCCUGGCGAGAAACCUCUGCUCUCGAAAGAACUAGAUACGCAAGACAUCUGCUACUGCCUGUACACCUCAGGAACUACAGGGACACCGAAAGGCUGCUUGAUCAGCCAUGACAGCGCAGUCCAAGCAAUGUUGUCGUUUCAGCGGAUUUUCUGUGGUAGAUGGAAGGAAUCAUCUAGGUGGCUGCAGUUCGCAUCCUUCCACUUCGAUGUCAGCGUGCUGGAGCAAUACUGGAGCUGGAGUAUAGGCAUCACCGUGACCUCUGCUCCCCGAGACCUCUUGUUCGAGGAUCUUCCGGGAACUAUCAACGCUCUCGAGAUAACGCAUCUUGACCUGACCCCCAGUUUGGCAAGGUUACUUACACCCGAAGAAGUGCCCCGUCUAUGCGAAGGUGUCUUUAUUGUCGGUGGCGAGCAAGUGAGCCAGGAUAUCUUGGAAAUCUGGGGCGAUACAGGUUGUCUUUACAAUUUCUACGGGCCAAGUGAAGUGACCAUCGGGUGCACAGUGCAUCGACAAGUGCCCAAGAAUGCGAAAGCCACGAAUAUUGGUCAACAAUGGGACAAUGUGGGCUCUUUCGUUUUGGAGCCUUCGUCACAGAAUGCAGUUCUUCGCGGUGCUAUCGGCGAGCUUUGUCUCUCAGGUCCUCUUGUCGGAAAAGGAUAUCUCAACCGACCCAACCUUACACGGGAGAAAUUCGUAGUGUUGGAGGAAUAUUCGACAAUGGUCUAUCGCACUGGUGAUCUCGUCCGUCUCCUGCAUGAUGACAGCUUCGAAUUUUUGGGCAGGAUCGAUGAUCAGGUCAAGUUGCGAGGGCAGCGCCUGGAGAUUGGGGAGAUCAACCAUGUUGCUAUGAGUACGGAUAGCACCAUCAAGGACGUUGCCACCAUGGUCCUGAAACAUCCAACACAACAGAAGGACCAGCUGGUGACUUUCUUCUCUACGGCUCAACGACGUGCAAAGAACGAGAAACCGGCAAUUGUGGCCACGAGGGAUUCACAAAACCUGGCUGCAAAGAUUCGGAUGAACUGCUCUGACAAAUUGCCAGCGUACAUGGUGCCGUCAUACAUUCUCGCAGUCUCGUCUCUUCCAUUAUCAGUCAACAACAAGGCUGAUCACAAAUCGCUGAAGGCCUUGUACGAGGGAAACCUGCCAAUCUCAGAACAAGACGAAUCAAACGAAAGAUAUGCAACCUCCGAGGAAGACCUUCAAGCUUAUAAUGAGGUGGCCGCUGUGCUGGCGUCUUUCUUGCGAAUCCAGGCAUUGGACAUCAAGCCAACUUCGAGAUUAUUCGAACUUGGACUGGAUUCAAUAUCAGCAAUUGGGCUGUCUAGAGCUCUCAAGCGGCAGGGAUUCCAAAAUGCCCAAGUAGGCACGAUCCUCAAGCACUCUGUCGUUCAAGAUCUAGUUCGCGUCAUCUCUGAAAGGGCCACCUUACACCAAGACCAAGCUGUUGAAACCGCCCGAAGGAAGAUUCAGUUAUUCCGUGACGCCCAUUACAAGGAAAUCGCUCAAAAUAUAGACGUUCCACCGGAAAACAUCGAGUACAUCGCACCCUGUACUCCUUUACAAGAAGGCAUGAUUUCCAGAGUUAUGCAAGGUGGACCCGAUGACACUGUUUAUUUCUCCUGCUUCCUCUUUGAACUCGAUUCCAAUACUGACAUGCAGCGACUGAAAACUGCGUGGGAUGCGACUCAGCGGUCAGUUUCUACCCUAAGGACACUCUUCGUACCAACAGCAGAUGGUUUUGCUCAAGUUGUGGUCUGCAAGGAUGGCAGUGCCGUCAAUAUGAUCAGUUACGAAGCUAGAAAUGAAAACAUCCGCGAAUUGCAGGAUUCCUCCUUCAAAGAUUGGGUCAGAUCUGCCAGAUCGCUAUCAACAUCAUUUCCUUGGAAAGUCGGGUUGGCACAGUCUGGAGAUGGGGGUUUCAUGAUUCUCUAUAUGUUCCAUGGGCUCUACGACGGAAACAGCCUUCCGUUACUAUUGAAACAAGUCGAGAAACAGUAUGAGCACCCUGAGGAGAUCCAUAAGCUCAAGAUGCAGUUCUACGAAGCUUUACCUUACGGUCCGUUAUGUCAGCUACCGGAUGAGAAGGAAUUCUGGCUAUCACACCUGGCUCGCAUCCGGCCACAGAAACUACCAUUGGCCCAUGCAGAGCGUGAGACAGAUACCAAUUGUGUCGUCUUGAGGGAUCAUCUUACCAUUAACCAUUUGCAACCCUUGUGCAAUGAACUGGACGUGACAGUAUCGGCUUUUUUCCAGGCUAUGCUGCUCUACGUGCUACAAAGAGAAUUCGACUUCAAUCCCACAAUAGGUGUGGUCGUGUCGGGCAGAGCCAUAUCCAGGGAAGAAAUAGAGGAGGCCAUCGGCCCGAUGUUGAACACCCUUCCAUGCGGCAUCAACUCUCUCAGAGAUGGAGCAGCAGUCUCCGAUCUUGUCCAAGCAUGUCAUCAGUUCAACGUUGAUAUCAUUCCUUACCAACAUACGCCUCUGCGGAAGAUUGUUCAAUGGCUCGGAAUGAAUGCAGAUCAGCCUCUGUUUGACAUAUUAUUUGUGUUCCAAAGGACAUCAAUGGAACUUGACGACAGCGCGCUCUGGCGAGCAAUUCCAACGGACAGUUCGCCAGAUUAUCCUCUAAACAUUGAGGUAGAGCAAAGGGGCACCGAGUUCAAUAUCACCCUUGUCGCAAAAUCACAAUAUUUGAACAGAGAAAGGGCCAGCCAGUUGCUAAACAGGUACCUUGAUGUCGUUCGCAGACGGGAAGAGAUGGGUAUGACCUUGCCCGCUGGCUUUUGCUCAGCACAAGACCCUGUGGCUCUGAAUGGAGAAUCCAGAACUGGCUUCUCUGUCUCCAACAACAUUCAUGAAGAGGACGAUGGUGUCGCUUUGAGUGCCACAGAGAAAAUCAUUCGCUCUGAAAUUGCCAAGCUUACUUCAGUGGAAGAAAACAGGAUACACCGUCACAGACCUACGAUCUUCGAACUAGGCUUGGACAGCAUAGAAGCAAUGAAGCUCGCGGCUAGGGUCAGGAACAAUGGAAUGAGAGUCGCCGUGAGUGCAAUCAUGAGAUCGCCCACUGUUGCAGGGAUUGCCGCAGCGGCCAAUUCAGACGUGGAUACCCGAACAAGAACAAAAAAAGGCAAACGCAUACCUUCCAUUGAAGAGCGCCAGAUUGCCUAUCGACAUAUGCUUCACGGUCACGGGAUUGAUCUCGACCACGUGCGGGCCGUCUUUCCUGCCACACCGAUGCAGGAAGGUCUGCUUCUGGAAUCAGACAAGUAUCUGAACGUGAUGACGUUCAGAUUAAGCCCCGACAUGGAUACCCAAAGACUGAUCAGAGCCUGGGAAAAGGUCUCCCAGAAAGAGCCCAUCUUGAGAAGUCGCUUUGCGAUUAUCGAGUCAUCAGACAAGCGCACAACUUUCUUGCAACUUGUGAUGAAAGAAGGACUCGAGGUGACGACUCUAGUCGACAAGAGACUGGACGAUGUUGUUAGAAGUCUCAGAAAGGCCGCAAGCGACCAAACCUUGGAAGAUCAAGAGACCAGCAUCACCAUUGUCAACGAAAAUAACGCGUCGUUCCUUGUUCUCGCAAUGCCGCAUGCAUUGUACGACGCCUGGUCAUUGCAUUUGCUGCACCAAGAAGUCACCAAGAUCUACGAGUUCCCUAACCUAAAACCUCAGGGGGAAGUGCUGGAUCAGUAUCAAGAACACCUCGAGGAGAUCAUCAGUCAAGCAGAGAGCUCAGAAGCUCGUAAAUUCUGGGAGUCUCAACUACUAAAUAUCCAACCCACCACUUUUCAAACGCACAUCGAGGAUCACAAAAACUCCACCUCUGCGAUCUUGAUCCGCAAACAAUCGAAGACCAGCCUUGCGGAUGCCCUCAAAUUCUGUAGGCAGCAAGGAGUGACACUCCAGACCUUCGGGCUAACAUGCUGGACAAUCGCACUCAUUCACUAUACCUGCCAGUUAGAUGUAUGCUUCGGGCUCGUUCUGUCCGGCCGCACAACUGAUGGCUCGGAUCGGCUGAUCUUCCCAACAUUCAACACUGUCACCUUUAGACCUGUGCUUGAAGAGAAUAUGACAAAGUCAGAAGCCCUCCACAGGAUGCACGACGCCGUGGUGCGAGUCUCAGAAUACCAGCACUUUCCAUUGCGAGAGGCUCUUCGUAUUGCCCGAGGACAAGGGGUGAAUGAAGACUUGUUCAAUACUUUGUUCACCUUCCAAAAGCUCCCUACUGCCGAGGGCGAUCUCCCAGUGUUGUACGAGGAAGCCUCUCCCGAUGGAGUAGGCACCACGCCGCCGUAUCCUCUAAAUGUGGAAUUGGAGGGCGAUGCAAAUGAUCUGAUCUGGACUGUUGCAUUUCAAAACGGAGUCGCCAAUGAAGCAUUUGGGCAGACGCUGCUGAGCAAGCUGGAUGGCAUUCUGGCAGCUCUGAUGAACAGCCCUGGCCGGGAUCUCCUGGAAGACAAAGGGGGGAAAAUGUCGAUUUGCGGUCUGCCGGGCGUGGACCUUGUUCUCAAAAACAACGGCAGGCGAAGGACACAAACUGUACCUGACGAGGAUCUACAGCAGUCCCAGGGUCAAGAAACUUGGACUCCAACGGAGACUAUCAUAAGGGAUGUCCUCGCGAAAGUCUCCAACUUGGACAAGGAGCAGGUCAAAAAGAAUACUGGGCUGUUCCAUCUUGGCCUGGAUAGCGUCAGUGCUAUCAGAGUGGCUAGUCUGCUGAGAAAAAGGGGCGUCAAGCUUCCAGUGAGCCAGAUCAUCAGAGCACAGACAGCUGAGAAGAUGGCAGUGGCCGCUGACCAGACCAAAGUUGCUGUUGAAGAGAGCGCCCAUGCGUCAAAUGGGCCCAUAGUCAAGGCAUCGAUUUCCGAGGCCGUGAAGAAGAGCAUCACAAUGCCCGAGGGCGACAUUGAAACGACCAUACCAUGCACUGCUGGUCAGACGUACAUGCUUGACAUGUGGAGUGCAAGCGACGGCCGCUUGUUCUUUCCCAUUUUCUGGCUGAAGAUGACCGGCGUCUCGUUGGAGCGUCUGCAGCAGGCGAUGAAGAAACUUGUCCAGGAAAUUUCCAUCUUGAGGACUGUCUUCGUUCAUACCAAUGACGCGGAAAGCCCAGAAACAUUUCAAGUUGUCGUUAAAAGUGAGGCAGCGGAGAAAUAUGACUUUCCGUGGAGGCUGCGCUUCGAUAGCGCAGGGCAAGAAUCGAUUGUCGCUCUCCGCAUCCAUCACGCCUUGUAUGAUGCAGUGAGCUUCCAGCUGCUCAUCACCCGGCUUGAGAAAAUAUGUGCUGGGACCGGCUCUCAGAUCCACCCUAACACGGAUAUGAGCACGCUUAUCUCGAAUAUUCGAGCAGCUCGUCCACUGACUCAAGCGUUCUGGACGCAGUAUCUCGGUCAGGGACGAGAUACAUUGCGAGCUGUGAGUCGAGGCUCAUUCACAGCACCGCGCGUUGAGAAAUAUUAUGCGAAGCUUUUGCCGGUUGAGCGACUAAGCAACCGACUGAGGCAUCAUGGACUGGGCAUUCAAGCACUCUUCUUCGCCGCAUAUGCCAGAGUUUACGAGGGUAUUUGCCGUGAUGUAGAGAGAGGAACCAAGGCUGGAUCGGGGGAUGUUGUUGUCGGUAUCUAUCUCGCAAAUCGGUCACUUGAUAUCGACGGAAUCAUGGAGCUCGUAGCUCCGACGUUCAACAUUGUGCCGCUGAGAAUUCGAUCUGGGCAAGAGAACCUUCUGCAAUCGGCUUUGCAAAUACAGCAUGAUCUCAGCGAGAUUACUAACCCAGAGCACUGUGGAGUUUGCAUGCGGGACAUUUAUACCUGGACUGGCGUCAGCCUCCACACUUUUGUCAAUUUCUUGUCUCUCCCCACCGACGACCCGGAGGGUGCGCAGUCAUCCGGAGAUCAAUCCGGUGAAGUGAAAGUUACGCAUGCGGAUAUGUCACCCGAGCAGAAGGACGGAUUUCAGGAGCUUGAUACACCAUCGCCUUUCCUCAACGGCAUGGCAGUUGAUGCUGACACCACGAAGUGGUGCUUGCCUGCGAUUGACAUCGAAGCGAAGGUUGAAGAUGGCUACCUGGACAUGGGCGUCUUCGCCCCAGUGGACAUGCUCUCUGACGACGAGGCUACGGGGAUUCUGGAUGGCGUGAGAAGUUUGAUGAUGGAUUUCUCGUAG